AUGGCCUCCACUCGUGUCCUCGCCUCCAGACUCGCCACUCAGAUGGCCACCAAGGCCGCCCGCCCUGCGGUGCGCGUCUCUGCCAUGCCCAAGCGCACCAUCACUGGCUUCUCCAGCCCCCUCCAGGCUGUCAAGCGCCAGCAGGCUACCACCAUCAAGUCCUCCAAGGUCUUCACCCAGGUCCAGGCCAAGCGCGCCUACUCUUCUGAGAUCGCCCAGGCCAUGGUCGAGGUCUCCAAGAACUUGGGUAUGGGUUCCGCCGCCAUCGGUCUUACCGGUGCUGGUAUCGGUAUCGGUCUGGUCUUCGCCGCCCUCCUCAACGGUGUUGCCCGCAACCCUGCCCUCCGUGGCCAGCUCUUCUCCUACGCCAUUCUUGGUUUCGCUUUCGUCGAGGCCAUCGGUCUUUUCGAUCUCAUGGUUGCCCUCAUGGCCAAGUUCGUGCGUCAUCACCAAUCCAUUCUCAUCUCAUCGAGACUCAUCAAAGCUAACAACCACGAUAGACGUUCGCCUAUGGUCACGCAAUGGAGCAUCAUCCACUCCGUACUGCGUGACGAGCUAGAGUUAAUAGACGGGAUAGACAGCAUGGUGGGCAUUUUAGACGAUUAG